GGGCGGGCCGCGGCCCGAGGAAGAGGAAGGGGACGAGGACAACGAGCGACGGGGCGGAGGAGGAGGAGGAGGAAGAGGAGGCAGAGCAACAAGAUGGCCCCUGCUGCAGGAGCAGCCUCAGCAGCAGCAGGUGGGAGCCCCGAGGCGGCGCUGGUGGUGGCGGCGGCGGCCGUGGCCCGGCGGCCUGGGACAGAGUCAGAGUCGACGGUGGCAGCGGCGGCGGCGGCGGCUGCCUUGGCGGUGGCGACGGCCGCGGGGACUCGGAGCUGAGAGGAGCUACUGCUCGGACCAGCGCGGUUAUAUUUCACACUAUGUGCUGACUGUAUCUACAGAAGAUAUUUAAAAAAAAAAAGAGAUAAACUUUUUUCAAAGAUUUUGAUUCCAGUGGAAUCUUUGCUUUAGAUUUUUUGUGUGUGUGUUAGUGAAUUGUAACUCCAGAAGCAAUGCCUGUACAAGCUCCACAGUGGACGGAUUUCCUCUCCUGCCCAAUUUGCACUCAGACUUUCGACGAAACAAUUCGAAAGCCCAUCAGUUUGGGUUGUGGCCAUACUGUCUGCAAGAUGUGCCUGAAUAAACUCCACCGCAAGGCUUGCCCGUUUGACCAGACCACUAUCAAUACAGACAUUGAGCUCCUUCCCGUGAACUCAGCAUUGCUGCAGCUCGUGGGUGCUCAGGUCCCUGAGCAACAGCCCAUUACUUUGUGUAGUGGGGUUGAAGAUACAAAGCAUUAUGAGGAAGCCAAGAAAUGUGUAGAAGAAUUAGCAUUGUACCUGAAACCACUCAGCAGUGCUAGAGGAGUGGGUCUGAAUAGCACUACUCAGAGUGUUCUGAGUCGCCCGAUGCAGAGGAAGCUGGUGACUCUGGUCCACUGCCAGCUAGUGGAAGAAGAAGGCAGGAUUCGUGCCAUGAGGGCAGCUCGGUCUUUAGGUGAACGAACAGUUACAGAGCUCAUUCUCCAGCACCAGAAUCCUCAGCAACUCUCUUCCAAUCUUUGGGCAGCAGUCAGGGCUAGGGGCUGCCAGUUCCUUGGACCAGCAAUGCAGGAGGAAGCUCUAAAGCUGGUUCUCCUGGCCUUAGAAGAUGGUUCUGCUUUGUCAAGAAAAGUGUUGGUUCUCUUUGUGGUGCAAAGGUUGGAGCCACGAUUUCCUCAAGCCUCUAAAACUAGCAUCGGACACGUCGUCCAGCUCCUUUAUCGAGCCUCCUGCUUCAAGGUCACCAAACGUGAUGAAGACUCUUCUUUGAUGCAGCUGAAAGAAGAAUUUAGAACCUAUGAAGCUCUGCGGCGAGAACAUGACUCCCAGAUAGUGCAGAUUGCGAUGGAAGCAGGCUUACGAAUUGCACCAGACCAAUGGUCCUCUUUGCUUUAUGGAGACCAGUCUCACAAAUCUCAUAUGCAGUCCAUUAUUGACAAGUUGCAGACCCCAGCCUCUUUUGCACAAAGUGUUCAGGAACUAACAAUUGCUCUCCAGCGGACUGGAGAUCCAGCGAACUUGAACCGACUAAGACCCCAUUUGGAGCUGUUAGCAAACAUCGACCCCAGUCCAGAUGCUCCUCCUCCUACUUGGGAACAGCUAGAAAAUGGGCUGGUUGCUGUGCGUACAGUGGUACAUGGGCUGGUUGAUUAUAUCCAGAACCACAGCAAAAAAGGAGCAGAUCAACAGCAGCCCCCACAGCAUAGCAAAUACAAAACAUACAUGUGUCGAGAUAUGAAGCAGAGAGGAGGAUGCCCUCGGGGAGCCAGCUGUACGUUUGCACACUCACAAGAGGAACUGGAAAAAUUUCGUAAAAUGAACAAACGCCUGGUUCCCAGGAGACCCCUGAGUGCUUCUUUGGGUCAACUUAAUGAGGUGGGCCUGCCUCCAGCAGCUAUUCUUCCAGAUGAAGGUGCAGUGGAUCUGCCUAGCAGAAAACCCCCUGCUCUGCCAAAUGGAAUUGUGUCAGCAGGGAAUACAGCACAGCUGAUUCCACGAGGGACGGAUCCCAGCUACGAUUCUAGUCUGAAACCAGGAAAGAUAGACCAUCUGAGCAGUAGUGCCCCUGGAUCCCCUCCUGACCUGCUGGAAUCUGUCCCUAAGAGUAUAUCUGCCUUACCUGUGAAUCCACAUCCUGCACCUCCAAGGGGGCCAACAGACCUGGCUGCUAUGCCUGUCACCAAACCACUUCAGAUGGUCCCACGAGGUUCUCAGUUGUAUCCAGCACAACAGGCAGACGUUUAUUAUCAGGAUCCUCGAGGAGCUGCUCCACCAUUUGAACCAGCACCUUAUCAACAGGGUAUGUACUAUACUCCACCCCCGCAGUGUGUGUCCCGCUUUGUCCGACCUCCACCAUCUGCUCCUGAACCUAGUCCUCCCUACUUGGAUCAUUAUUCACCCUACCUCCAAGAUCGUGUAGUAAAUUCUCAAUAUGGCACACAGCCACAACAGUACCCUCCUAUGUACCCACCACACUAUGAUGGCCGUCGAGUAUACUCUGCUCAGUCUUAUGCAAGAGAAGAGAUUUUCCGAGAAAGUCCUAUACCUGUUGAGAUUCCACCUGCAGCAGUACCAUCGUAUGUACCAGAAUCCAGAGAAAGAUACCCACAGAUGGAGGGUUACUAUCCAGUGGCUCCUCAUCCAACUCAGAUCAGACCUUCGUACAUCAGAGAACCUCCUUGCAGCCGGCUCCCUCCACCUCCCCAGCCCCAUCCUAGUCUAGAUGAGCUACAUCGAAGACGAAAGGAGAUAAUGGCCCAGCUAGAGGAAAGGAAGGUUAUCUCUCCACCUCCUUUUGCACCUUCACCAACAUUGCCUCCUACCUUCCACCAAGAGGAAUUUUUGGAGGAAGACUUGAAGGUAGCUGGGAAAUACAAAGGAAAUGAUUAUAGCCAGUACUCUCCCUGGUCAUGUGACACCAUCGGCUCCUACAUUGGAACCAAAGAUGCAAAACCCAAAGAUGUUGUGGCAGCAGGGAGUGUGGAAAUGAUGAACGUGGAGAGUAAAGGAGUGAGAGACCAGCGAUUAGAUCUCCAGAGAAGAACAGCAGAAACCAGUGAUGAUGACCUCAUCCCAUUUGGAGAUCGACCAACAGUAUCUCGGUUUGGUGCCAUUUCUCGAACUUCCAAAACAAUAUAUCAGGGUGCUGGUCCAAUGCAGGCUAUGGCACCUCAGGGAGCUCCCACAAAACCUAUUAACAUUUCAGAUUAUAGUCCAUAUGGAACCCAUGGUGGCUGGGGAGGUUCUCCAUAUUCACCUCAUCAAAACAUACCUUCUCAGGGACACUUCAGUGAAAGGGAGAGAGUAUCCAUCUCGGAAGUGGCCAGUCAUGGAAAACCCCUUCCAUCUGCUGAGAGGGAGCAGCUUCGGCUAGAAUUGCAACAGCUAAACCAACAAAUUAGCCAACAGACCCAGCUACGUGGACUAGAGGCUGUUAGUAACAGGCUGGUGUUGCAGAGGGAGGCGAACACCCUGGCAGGCCAAUCACAGCCCCCACCACCACCUCCAAAAUGGCCUGGAAUGAUCUCAAGUGAGCAGUUGAGCUUGGAACUGCACCAGGUGGAAAGGGAAAUCGGGAAGAGAACCCGGGAACUGAGUAUGGAGAACCAGUGUUCUCUGGACAUGAAAAGCAAAUUGAAUACAAGUAAGCAAGCAGAAAAUGGACAACCGGAACCACAAAAUAAGGUUCCAGCUGAGGACCUUACAUUGACAUUCAGUGAUGUACCGAAUGGAUCAGCAUUGACACAAGACAAUAUCAGCCUCCUAUCAAACAAGACCAGCUCUCUGAACCUAUCAGAGGACCCUGAGGGAGGAGGGGACAACGAGGGCUCCCAGAGAUCAGGGGUUACACCCAGUUCUGCUCCCUGAAAUAUGAGGAGUCCUGCUUUUAUCUUCUGCUCCUAAUCAAUUUGUGGGGCAUAGUGGGAGGAGAACAGAUGACUUCUAAACUUUUUCUCUGAGAGUGGUCAGAGAAAUCCAGGAAGAGCACCGGAGGCAAUGUGCACAAACACCACUACUAAAAACAAACCCUGCACAUAGUUCACAUUAAUGCAUUUUUUAAUUUAAAAAAAAGAAAAAGAAAAAGAAAAUUAGCAGUAUCUGCAAGCAAUUCAGAUUAAAUUUGUUUUUGUUCUGUGAAUGAACUUUAUUUUAAUAACUUUGGACGCCUUGGAUCCAGGGCUUUAAAAAAAAGAAGAUAUUAUAUAUAUACUCUGUUUGAUUAAUUGUAUGAUCUUAAUGAAGUAGGUUUUUCUUGUAUUUUGGUAUUAUUACAUACCCAGUGUAUAAUUCCUUACCCCCAAUCCUUUCCAACUCUCAUGACCCCAUAAGUUAAAAUAGACAAAAAGCACUUUCUGAAAAUUCUGUGGUGCUUGAGAAACAAAGAGACAGUAAUAGACUAGUUAUUAGAAAAUGUGCAGCAAACCAACUUUUCUGAGAGAUGUUAUUUAGAAGCCAUAAUUUCUUUCCCAUUCCGGGUGACUAGCUUCAUGUGUAGGUAUGUUUUUCAUAUGGCAGUAACACUUUUUUGUUGUUCAGCAGAGUUUUAUCUCUUGUUUUUGUUUUAUUUCAACUUUUCAGGGAGAUAAUUACCAAUUUAUUUUGAAGUCCUCAUUUCCAUAUUAUGGAUCCUUUUCAUUCACUUAAUGUAAUCAGAAGCCCAAGUCACUGUUUUAGAUUGUUUGAUUAGAUUCAAAUGGAGACUAUUUUAAGAAUGAACUGUAAUUUAUUGGCGCUGAAAAUACAUGGUUGAUGUGUUACCUGUAUUAAGCUCAUGGUUGGAAAUUUGGAGCUGUGCUUUUUCCAAGUUGAACUUUUGUUGAAAUCAUAGAAUAUUCAAAAAUCAGGACCAUCAACCAUAUUAUAAGACUGAAACACUUGAUUUGAACUUAAAAUGAGCAGAGACACAUUAUUUUGAUGGAUGUUUUUGUUUUUACUCUCAAAACCCAAAAAUAUAAAAUAAAAUUCCUUGUAUAUACUGGAGCCCCUGGCUUUCAAAGAGAUCUGGCAAAUACGAACUGCCUAGAUCUUAAGGAUAGGUUACAAAUUGAUCAGUUGUUGCUGUUCAGAAUCAUUAGCACAAGUAGGUAGUAAGUACCUAGUCAAUUUUCAUAGAUUUGGCUUUACAAUGUUAAAAGGAUUCUUCAUGAAAAUGUCGAAUACGGAAGAAUUUUUCUUGUUUAGUUCUGCUGCACAUAUUCUGAUGCCGCGUGUCUAUACUGAACUAAGACCCUAUAAAACAUGUUUAGUGGGAAUUAUUUGAUAUAGUCACCCUCCCCAUCCCUCUGUUUGCCUGAUUUUUUAAAAUUUCCCUCUCUGGAUUAUACUACUAAAACAGAAAGCACUGGUUAUGUAAUAAGUUACUGCAUUGCUUUGGUUGGGUAAAAGCAAGAGUUUAUAUUUUUCUUGUUUCUUAUUGUCUUAGCCCUUAACUCCUGCUGAGGUCAUAAGAACCUCAGUCUAAGCUCUGUGUCCAUCAUACUGUUAACUGAAACAAAUGGGGGGGGAGGGUAAUACAGUCCUGUCAUUGCCUACCAGUAGGAGAGUCCAAACAGAACACUCUUUUGAGUAGCAAUUAUUUAAUUUGCCCAGUCAAGGCACCGUGUUUAUAUACUAUUUCACAUUGAAUUUGAUUAUGCCCUACAGACCUGGCUGGUCAAGGAUUUGAUAUACACAUAUUGGCUUGGGAUUCGAGCUUUCUUUUUUAUUUAAAUAAAAAUUUAUAUAUAUAUUAUAUAUAUACAUAUAUACAUAGCUAUAUCUGUAUAUAUAUUGGGUAUGUUUUAAGGAUUUUUUCGCAUGAGCGCAGCUGUUGCGAUAAAAUGACUGAUUGGGAGGUAGAAGCACUGAAUGAAGGUGAGACUUUUUUUUAGUUGAUAUCCAUAUUUUCCUUUUUUAAUACACUGCUUUUUUGCUUUUUUGUUUGUUUGGUUUUUUUUGCUUAAAACCCUCUUACAUGUACUCUUGAAGUGCUUAUUGUUUUUUGGGAGAAGGAGAGGAACCUUUGUAUGUCUGACAGUCCCAAGAUUUGCCAUUUCUCUGUAUAACCAUAAAAGGCAACAUUUUUGGCCUCCACCCUUCUGUAGGCAGAUUUGGGCAGGUCUUAUUUCUUCUUUGGACAUGUUGGAUAAUUCCUAAAUUUUAGAAGCACUUGGUUCAAUUUGGAACUCAAAAUGAUUCUGCUACUAAAAGGGAAUUUAUGGGUAUUAAUUUUGUUGAAGUUUAGAAUAAAAGUAAAAUUCCAUUUUGGAUAUCUAUUGAAACUCCUAAUAACUCAACUUCUGUUAUUCUUCUUAUUUUCUUCAAAUACACUCAUUUUUGCUCUCACCAUUUUGAUUAACUUAUGCAGUAUUCCUAUUCUGAAGAAAACUAGAAAAGCUACUGUUUUGAAUUGACUUAGAAUAGUCUCUUUCACUUUUUAAGGUAUUUUCAUUUGGGAGUGGGGGAAAUCUCUUAAGUUCUAGCCUUAAUUCUAACUUUCUCUCUCUAAGACCUCACACUCUGGAGGAAAUCUGGUUGGGGAGAAAGGCAGAAGUAUAGUGUACUGUCCCACUGUGCCUGUAGCUUAUCUAUUUUAAAUUGGUUAUUCUGCCUUACCUCAUGGCAAUUCUCACAGCUUUCCUAGGGCUCACAAGCAGUUUUAGGAAUUCAAGAAAAGCUCCAAAGUUUGGGUAUUUUUUUUUCUUUUCCUUUUCUCUGUGAUAUGCUUUGUAAUAUAAACCUGUAAGGAUAAAUGGCCUAUUUGGGCAAAACUGCUUGACUUUUUAACUGCUUUUUUGUCAAAGUCUGUGAAAGGCAUUGACUUUUCUGGCUUUUUAAAUUUAAACUUAGAGACAUUUAAGAGGUGAAACCAGUCAGAUAGGAAAUAGAGUUUUUAUGCUUUCUACUUAUUAAAAUAUUAAUUUCUUCUGAAGACGACUUUAUUUACUUUUCACUGAAUUCAGAAGCAAGACUUCGACAUCUCAGAUGAAAAUGAACAAUUCUGAGAUGGUUAAGGCAUUGUGUUCACUCUUGUUUAGAUAACAAAACCAGGAUUUAAUUGUUACUAGGAAUAUAAAAGUACUUUGACUUACUCUUUUUUCACGGAGUCUCUGGCAGAGGGGAUAAGAACUGAGAGUAAGAUAUCUUGAUUGAAUUUCUUGACUUACAUGUAGUUCUUUUGCCCUUCUUAUAGAUACUGUCACAAGGUAAGUCCAAUAGCUGCCCUGUCUUGGGUAAUUUACAGGGGCUGAAGUGACUAAAGAUCCAUUCCUUUUUACUUUCCUAAUCAAAAGAAAAGUUAUUUAUAGCAUAGGUUUGUGGUAGAUUGUUCAAAUAAUAAAACACUAUUUUUAAUACCAUCUACAAAUAUUCAACUACUCAGAAUGUGUAAAAAUUUAUUUGGUAUAGCAUGAAUGUGGCUGAUGCCCUUCUCUCAUCUUAUUUCCCUUCCCUUCUCCUAGUCUUUCCCAUGUAUUUAUUCUUUUGCCUAAAAGACAUAAAAUUGGUAUGAUUCUCCUUUGCCACCUUGAAUAUGUAACUCCAUCAGAUUUUCCAUAGGUCUUCAGGGUUGGAGCCCAAAGGUUUUUUUUCUGGCCCUUUUCUAUCUUGCAAAUUCCCUUUGACUUACCCACUGCCCUCCCCAAUCUGCAACAGUGACAGUUUGCUGCCUCAAAACAGAGCAUUCAAAUGAAUUCGCUUAGCCAAUAACUUCUGUGAAGUUGCCUUUUCUAAUGGUGUUAUUACUCAGUGAUGCACAAAUGUGGUAUUUGCCCUACUGGUAGGCAAACAAAGGUCUGGUUAAGAAUGAUAACCUGCUGUUUUCUUUAAAGGAGAGCCAAAGACUUGUGCUUUACUCUGUUUUGGUUUGGGGGGAAAUAGUAGCCAUUUUGAUUGUGAAACCUUUUAGUAUUUGUUAAUUGAUUGUACUAUGUAAGUAGAUUUAUCUAAGGUUAACUGUUAAAGUUAGCUGGCUUUAUAAAAUGUAAAAGUAAUGAAAAUUCAUCAGUUUCUCUAAACCAGUGAAUGUCAUCUUCUACGAAACUGUGUGUAAACAGUCUCUCCUCCCUUUUUUUGAGAUUAUCUUGUCACGAUAGCAUCUUGUGUGGUUUUGUUUUUUCACUUUUGCCUAAAGGACAAUCUGCUAUCACCAUGGUCGAGUUGUGGGACUGGGUAAAAGAAUUCAUGAGCAUGCGUAGUGAGAAAUAAUUAACUGUAGUCAGUACACAUUAGAUUAUAUUUAGAUUCAGAGAAAAAAAGAGUUUUUUUUCACAAAAGAGUAUUCACUUGUUAUUACAUAGAAAUGGUGAUGGAUUGAGGUUUUACCACCUUUUUUCCACUUUCUUUUUGCUCAUUUUAAAAAAUUGAGUAAAGGUUUCAUAUAUAAAAUCUGUCUGUAGAAAGCACCUGUGGUGAUUUAUAUUUCCUUAACAAGAAAGGCCCAGUUACUUUUUAGGAGAAAUUAAUAACCUGCCUGGAAAUUAACUGCAUUGUUUAGUUAGAUUUUUACUCUAAAAGAAUGUAGUUGUAUUUAUUUUUUACUUGGUGAUAGGUGGUUAUAGUAUUGCAAGCUGGUCUCUUCCCUGAAAAAUCGGCCUGUGCUUUUAGAUAAAAAUUAGACAGAGCUACUGAACUAAAGCAGAUUUCACCUCAACAUUAGGGAUUGAACAAGCAAGCAGUCUACUUGACGUCGUCGUUUUCCCUGAGUGCCCGUUUUGCUGGUCCAUAUUCAGACCUUCCUACCUUGGACAGCUAUGAUUUUUAUAUUUAUUUGUUGCUUCAGCUCAGCUUUAUUAAAUUUUCCUGCUGAAAGGACUUAUUGGGAGUUGUAGGUGGAUUGCAGUUAAUAUUUUAUAACAAUUCUUUAUUCAACUUUUCUGAGCCACUUGAAAAAAAAGCUGUUUUUGUCAAAAGGUACUCAUAAUUGUAGUAAAUACCAAUUUAAGAUUUGGUUUGUAAGAUUUUUUUUUUUUUUGACUGCUAAAGAUGUUUUCACAUAUAAUAGAUUCUAGUUGACACAUAAUACUAGAAAUAAUGUUAAUAAAGAAUAGGAAACUGCCACCACCAGGAAGAAGUAAUACCUUUUAAUAGUAAAUGUGUUCCCAGUAGGUGGGUUUUCAACGCUGCACUGAACCAAGAGGGUAAAGAGCCCUUUGAAAUCCUGUUGUGAUAAAGGGACUUACCUCACCACUGGAAUCCUUGUUUCAGAGCCUCUGAACUUCAGCCAAACACUGAAUUUCCCCUAAACUUUAUUCCUGAACAAAACAUCCCUAGAGUAAUAACCUUUAUUUUCCAAGAAAAUAAGGCAUAAUAACCUAAGAAAGAGAACUUAAAAUAAACCUCAAGACAAUAUUGUGUCCAAAAAUAUGUAUUUAGAAAAAUAAAAUCCUGUGGAGUUCGUUAUCCUAAUGUACAUUAUAUACUAGCUAAGGUGACUUGUUUUCUUGUAUUGAGGUGUCGCUGUUUCUGGCUGGGUUCUGUUCUUUGUUUUUGGGUUUUUACUCUAAGUAGACUAGACAGAGCUCACAAGUCUCUGGCAUCCGUUCUAGGCUGUGCACUCAGAGUCAUCUUAUAACUGGAAACUGUCAGGUGGCCCCUGCCCCCUCCCCAGCUGACGUACGAAAGGAUCAAGAAAAGGAUGGAAACAAACUGUUGGGUGGAUAACUGGUUGCCUGGUUGUUGGUUUUUUAUGGGUUUAUUUUUUUUUUUGCCUGAUUUUUUUAAACCACCAUUUAUUUGUGUAAUCUCUCCGCUGAUUGGCUGCCGUUCUCCCAAUAAUAUCUGAACCAGCCUGUAAAAUAGUCGUCUGAUUUAAAGGCAUUUUAAGCUUUUGCUUAUCAUUUUCACAUCCUCCGUUCAACUAAGACACUGCCGUGAGAGCUGCUUUUUCCAGGUUUGUUGCCUAAAUUUUCAUUAUUACCCCUUUCAUCCUUUCUCCUCUUCCUACUUUCUGGGAAUGAAAGGAACUUGGGCGAAAAGAGUUUUUUUCAUUCAGUGAUCUGUAGGCUUCAUUAUUUUACUUUAUGAUGAAUCUAUGACUUUUUGGAACAAAAGGAAUAGAAAAAGUGAAUUAAGAUAAUGAACAAAACCUUUCACUCACUUAAACAUUUUCCAGUUGUGAGAUUCCUCUUCGUGUGUGUGGUCUCUUCCACCUGUUAGCCCUGCCGCCCUUUUUCCCUGACUAUGGUCAAUUUGGUCUUUAGGCUCAUAGCAGUCUCCCCGAGACAUUCUGCAGUCAUUAUCACCUUUUUGGGUGGAUUUUAUUUUGUUUUAUUUUUUUUUUUUUUUUAAAAAAUAACUUUUUAACAUUGAUGCAUAUUUGCUUGGGAUAGAGCUUGUGUAAUUUACCAAUCGUAUUGAUUGUAUGUGAUUGUGCCCUGCAGAGGUAUAUUUAACCAGACAAAAAUAAUGUAGGUUAAUAAAGGAGCCCGUGGGAUUUGA